AUGGAUUCCUCAGAAUACGAACAGGUUUUCACACCCACCAAUUUCUCCGCAGAAUGGCGCCGGAUGUUCAAGCCAACCAUUCGACAGCGGAGCUCGGUCUACAGCAUUCCGUUGUCUGAAGUUACCUCCGAGCAAGAAGACUGUCCUUUCGAGCACGAUAUUGAAGAGCCACAACAGGGGACGAACGUUGAGAUGAGAUAUGAAGACCAGUGCGGUCUUUCUGAAGAGAGUGGCCUAGCCAGGCAUGCUUCUUUGGAGAGAGAGGAGUAUGUGAAGACCCGCCAAGAGCUGAUACCGAAUAUACCGAGAGAGCUCUUGGAUACAUUUGCUACUCUAAAGAGCUUAGAUGUUCGAAUGCAGAUGAUGGAAGAGCAGUGUCGAAAACAGGAUCUCUGGAAUGAAACGACACAGAAAGAUAUGGAGGCUUUGGCUAAGAGCUUCAACAAAGUUGGGGAGUUGGAAUCCACAGUAGCCGCCCUGGAGGGUCAAGUCAAGGCUAUCCGUGGUAGGAAGAGUGCAGUUUCUGUGAGACACAACGCAAAAUGA